UAGGGGAGCAAUGGGUAAAUCCAGGAAGUAUUCUAAGAAGAGGAAGAACCUCGGAGCCGAUGUGGAUGAUGAGCCUGAGUUCAUUUGCACUAUUGAUGAACAAACUGGUGGACGACUACUGCCAUAA